UAGGAAACUCUUUUAUAAAGGAAAAAACAAAAGGAAGCAUAUACUGAUACUUUGUGGUCUGUGUCUAAUUAGGCACCACUAAGAAAUUGUGUGGUGACACACAUGCUUAUUUUUAUUACAUUUCUGUCAACUCUAAUAAACAAAUGUAUAUCAACCAUUGACCUGUACCUUUCAACUUUUGUUUCUCCGCUUUAAUAAUGGUAUCAAAUUCUUCUUGAAUCUAUACCAUAUAAACGAGAGUUGAACAAACUUAAGCCCCCAGUCCCCCAAAUGCAGCUUUGAACUUGAUAUCCACAAGUCACAAAUGGGUUCUUACGAUUCGGAGAUUGCAUAUGAAGUUCCACCCUACCUACGAGUAUACAAAGAUGGCACCGUAGAAAGAUUUGUCGGCAAUGGAGUUACACCGGCAGGGUUUGACCCUGUGACCGGAGUUUCAUCCAAAGAUGUCGUCGCAAUCCCAGAAACCGGCGUAAUUGCCCGGCUCUACCGUCCAGCUAGCCUGACUGAAAAAACCCAGAAGCUCCCUCUUGUGAUUUACUUCCACGCAGGAGCUUUUUGCAUCUCCUCUGCUUUCGACCCAAAGUGUCAAACAACUCUCAAUCUGUUAGCCUCGAAGGCUAAUAUAAUUGCGGUUUCAGUGAAUUACCGGAAAGUACCGGAGGCCCCACUUCCGGCAGCCUAUGAAGACUCGUGGGCAGUGAUUCAAUGGGUAUUUUCACACAAUUUAGGUGAAGGAUGUGAAGAAUGGCUCCGGGAAAACGUCGAUUUCAGCAAGGUGAUUUUAGCAGGGGACAGUGCCGGUGCCAAUAUUGCGCAUCAUAUGGCAAUCCGGGCCGGAAUUUCUCACCGGAAAUGCGGGAUAAAGUUCAGAGGAAUCAUCAUAAGGCAUCCAUAUUUCUGGGGUGAAGAAUCCAUUGGAGUAGAAGCUAAAGAUCCAGUGAAAAAGGCCAUGGUUGAUAAAUGGUGGAAAUUUGCUUGCCCGUCGGAUAAAGGAUGCGAUGACCCUUUGAUCAAUCCUUUUCUUGAUGAGAAAUUCGGGGAAGCGUUGGAUUGUGAUCGGGUUAUUGUGUUUGUAGCGGAAAAUGAUGUGCUGGUGGAAAGGGGACGGCGGUAUUACGAGUUGCUGGUCAAGUCACGGUGGCAGGGCACGGCGGAGAUGGUGGAGACGCCAGGGGAAGAUCACGUUUUCCAUUUGUUUCAUCCCAAUACUGAGAAAGCUCGCAGUGUGACUAAACGGUGCGUUGCUUUCAUAAAUCAGAUUCAAUAAGGAGAGAUUUAAAAGAGGGAUUGGUUUAUAUUGUUCUGCAGAAUCCAGAUAGUUUGGUUCAUCGAUUCCUCUGAAUAAAAUCAAUAAAUUGUAAUCAUUCCUACAUUUAUUGAAACUAGAAAGAAUGAUUUGUGUUUCGUCUUUUCUUGGGCAAUGCAGUCUAAAUACUACUACGACGUACUGUUUUAGUUACUCAUCCGGUCCUUAAUAUAAGAUAUUUUGAUUUGUCUAAAUUUAACCUAGUACACAUUUUUGAUUGACGAAAAAACUUUAAAAAUAUAUUUUCACAUUCGUUAUAUUCAC